CCUUGUAUGACGGUAUUCGAUACGGCGUUAUUCUAACCCGUGAGCGUUGGUUCUGACCAAUCCGCUUAUGCUAAGAGGAUUCGUUGAUUAAGCGAAUUGGGUUAUUUCUUACGAUAGGUUCUGAGUAAAAAGCUCAGUCGUAUUCUGGUCAUUACAGUAGGCUGUUUAGGUGUUUGUGCUACUACACCAUAGGUUACGGCGUCUAAUAGGGGGUCAGUUGCAAUGGUGUAACACACCUUGUAAUCCUUAGUAUCCAUACACUGUAGCCUCUAGAUUCUAUUAGAUGCCCAGUCAAUCAGUACUACAGUUGGCAACCGUUUUCUUUGCCAUUCCUGUCUACUCCAUUACUCUUCCAUUCUCCAGUAGCAUAGUCCAAUUUAAUAGAGGAUUACUCCAGCCAGAAUAAUGGCUUACACGGCACGGCUUCACCAAGCAAACGAUCGUAUAGGUCUUAUAGUUAUGGCCUCAUUCUUCUGCGUGUUAACAAUAGUGGCAGUUGUGGCCAGGUUCUAUUCGAGACGAUUGUGUCGAGCUGGUCUUAGCGCUGAUGAUUGGCUAGCUUUGGCAAGCCUAGUCUUCAUCCUUGCGUUGAAUGGUAUCUUCAUCGCCGGCACUGUUCAAGGCGCUAUUACGGGGCAUUCUCCUAUUGAGAACAAUUGGCCUGUUACCACGGAUCUAGAGCACUUGGCGCAGAAAUACAAAUAUGCCUUCCAGACGACAGAAAAGGUUGCCUUUGGGCUGAUUAAGUUGUCAUUCGUAUUUCUUUGGAAACGAAUAUUUAAUCGUGCUAGACAGGUCGUGGUGUUUUGCUGGGUCAUGGUUGGCGUUCUAAUAGCCUGGUUCCUGGCAUUCUUCUUCGCCACUGUCUUUCAGUGCGGCACUCGCUGGACAUGGAAUUGGGCCCCUAUUGGGAUCUUUUUGACUCAGUGCGCCAACACUCUCACCCUACUCACCGUCUUUACAGCGACAGACAUAGUUACGGAUUUCAUCAUCAUGUUUAUGCCUGUCCCAAUGAUAUGGAAACUCCAUAUGCCUACUAAGAAAAAGAUUGGUAUAACGAGUAUAUUCAUGGUUGGUCUAUUCACAAUUGGCGCCGGUAUAGCACGAAUGUACAUCUACCUUGUGACAUCUUAUGACAAGGAAACUAAUCCGGACUUCAUCGCCGAUUUCACUCUAUUCAUCCUAUGGUCCGAGAUAGAAGCCAACAUUGCGAUAAUUGUAUGCUGCAUGCCGACGUUAGGACCGGUGGUGGGCAACCUGUGGGGCCGUUCCUAUCCAGUCUUACGCACAAUAGUUUCUAGAAAAUGGACAUUGCUAUCUGUUGAUCGCACAAACACCAAGACAUCAUCCAACAGUAGGGAACCGUUCACCCUAGAAUUAGGGUUCCGGCCGUCAGGGAAGCACUCCUAUGAUGAUCGCCCCUGGCGAGGAGUUUCUGGGACAGUCGUAACAGCCGGCUCUGCGGACGUUGAGGAAGAGCAAUACCGGAACAUACAAGGUAUUGUGGCUCGUACUGAAAUUUCACGAACUUCUGAGAUCAAUACUACAAGGCCUCUAGAUUCUAUGGUCGAAUGAAGUACUCUCUUUUAUAAUAGAUGAUGUAUUGAGAUUCCAAGGCUAAGAUGGUGGUUUAAAUAGUUACUACUUCACGAUUUCUGUAGAAGAUUGUUGUAUUUCAAAUAUUGUUGGACUUGAUAAUGUCGAGCUUAUGGAUUCAAUACUUGGCUGUUGAACAAUCA